UCGUAGACCCACCAGCGAGCCGAGAAAUGAAAACAACACUUGAUCCCGUUGUGUUCCAUUACGGGUGUUGAGGAAUCCACUAAAUCGUCCCACAUGGUACUUCUGCAGCGGGCUCUUACGCUGUCAUCCUGAAAGCCAGAAGUUAAAGCCCGCGAGGCACAGACCCUCGAUGCUGCCUCGGAACCGAAGUUCCUGAGUGCCGGGAAGUAGCGCAGGCUGUCAUUCUCCAUAAAGACGGUUUCUUUUCGUCUUGAAGAUGGUGGGAUUACCAUGGCUGUGAGAAAACGGUGCAUGGUCUCGUUCGUCUCCUACGCGUUGUUCACCAUGAGCAGCCCGGGGCAAACAUCCUUGGCGUACGCCGAGACAGCGGGCUUAAGGUCUGGUAAGAGUACCCAUUCUUCGCCUAGUGAAAAGGAACUCGCGCUACAUAUAGAAUUGGAACAGACUGUCAUUCCAACUCAAGCUCUGCAGACACGUCAAUACGCUACUAUCUCCCCCCAGUUGUCCGACCUAAAGACCGUAGUUCAAGACUCACCGGCGACAGGGGGGUCUCGACGAAGCCGUCGUCGUUUGACAAAAUCUACAUUGUCUGGUCGUCAGGAUACGCGACGACAAAGCCGUACGGAGCUUAGACUUCUGUACGUGUUUCUGACUGUUACCCUCGGGAUCUAUCUUACCAAAUAUCUUUCUCGAUGUGUCUUGCCGCCCCGGCCUGCUGGCCUGAGUUCAAACACAACCCUUCCUGGCCUGCAGCACCUGAAAGCUGGCUCCCCGCUUUCAGACUCACUGUCUUCUUCAUCAGGCAGGGUUCGUCGUCUGGCGGCGUCAGAGGGAAGCGACGGCAGUGGUGAAUCUCGGAAGACUAUGGGAUCUCAGGAAGAGAGCAAGGAUCCUAUUUGCGACGCCCCAAGUAUGAGUGAGAAUUUGAGGCGCGUCCAAUUCGGAAAUUAUGUAACUUCUGGAUAUGGGAUUGGUGGCCUCUUUGGAGGCGCACACUCAUCAUCAGGUGAAACAGGAGCCAGAGGCUACGCGCUUGGCGUUGCUGAUGUCCAGGCAGCAGGAGACAAUCGUGAGCCUGCAAAUGUGGUGGCUGAAAGUGCUUCCGAGUUUCUGGAAGGACGAGCUCCACCAGGGUCGCGACACGCAGAGGCUUCAAUUCUUCGUCUCGUAGCUACUCAGGUAAUGAAUGCCGCUGCAACUGCGUCCGCCGCAUUGCCCAAGACAUGCCACAGUACAACGUGUUUAAGGCAAGCGCUCCAGCUGAUGUCGGAAACAUACGGGAUGCUACUGGAAGAAGCAGGAACGCUAGAAUCACCACCGAGUGGCAUCGGUGACAAAACCCAGAGUGUGGACAACCCAUCAGACAGCGGCACUCCGGCCGCGCGAGAGAAAACCUCCCCCCUGGAACACAAUUUCAACUCUCACUCGGCGGAACGAAUGAGCGGAUCCACUAGCGAUGCGAAAAGCGAUGAAGCACAACCAGUGCAUGCCGGGAGGCCUGUCUCGCUGGACAUGCAGCUGUGGAGAAGAUUGGACUUUUCACUGGGGACAAUUUUUGAGGCAGAAGAUGCUGAACAAGACGGAGGCGAUGACGGCGACGUAGGGAUAGAGAGACGUAGCUCGUUUUUCACUCUUAGCGGGAGAAGCGGAGACGAUGAAGAUGAUACACAACCUUCUUCCCUGGAAGAAGCGAUGUCAAUUGUGGGAAUGGACGAAGGCAUGGUCGGUGGAUGGAAUCCGUUCUCGUCGACAACAAGCACCAGUGACGCAUGGGGAAAAUUUGUAACCGACCAAAGUGAUGCCAGAGAGACCGCAGGCGAUGACGCCAAUGAUGUAACUGGCAGUCCGCCCCGCAGGCCAUCAUACAGUGAGGUCGUCAAGCAUGCUUCGCGGUCGCUCUCUGCACCUCCGAGGAGCACAGCGGCAAACGGACAAGGUAUGGCGAAAAGAGUGGCUGGCCUUGGACAGCGACUCAUAUCAUCAGGGCAUCGACAGUCCGCCACUAGCCGAGACGUCUCAGGUGGGCGACGCCAUUAUCCCAGUGGACCUCGAGUGCCAGGACGAAGGCCCACCAACCGCUUCGAAAGCAUCGAUCGUUCAGCUUCUCAUAGGAGAGCAGGCGCGAGACCAAGCCUCCCCUCUAGGCCUCCACCAAAGCCUCCGCUGCCACAGAUAUCAAAAGUGGGUUUUGGCGCCUCAGGAACGCCCGUGCAACGGGGCGCCAGUCAGGGAGGGACGCCAUCAGGGUCUGAGAAACGCGAUGGUGGAGAGCCGUCGAAGGACGUCAAAGGACAGGGCGAGGAUGCAGGGCAACCCGGUGCUAGCGGAGGGCCACUGGGGGGUGCUGGAGGGGGAGGGCGCCGGCCUGGCGACGACGAGCGGGACGACGACAAGCGGAAGAAGGGUAAGGGGUCGUCGAGCGGUGGCGGGGAGAAGAAGAAAGAGGAGCAGGAGAAGAAGGCGAAGAAGGAGAGGGAUCAAAGGGAGGAGGCGAAGAAGGAGAGCAAACCGGUGGACGGUCGCGAGGCGAGGGGAAAAGAGGUGAAACAAGGAGGUGGAGGCUUGAGCAGUGACUCAGGCAAAGGAUCGACUGGUGAAGAGGCGGGGAAGAAGAAGGCGAAAAAAGACAGGGGUAGGCGGGCGAUUGAAGGUACUGCCGGAGACGUUACUGAUGCAGGGGUGACGAGUGAGGCGACGGGUGGGGUUCCGAAAGAAGCAGAACCGCAAAAGGACGGUGAGGACAGGGGUGUGCACGGUGGUGGCAGAGGAGGUGAAGGUCCAGGAUCAGCUGGGGCGACUGAGACUGGAGAUGCCCUGCAGCAUGACUCAGGGGGUAUUGGAUCUGGGUCCGAAGACAGAGACAAGAGCCGGUCUGAAACAGCAGCUCGUGAGAAGCAGGUCAGUAAGCGACAGAAGUCGAGUGGAGGAAGGCGGAAGAAGAAAGGUGCUAGUGUUGCGCCACAGACAGGACAGACGACAACCGGAGAAGCCCCGAGGUCAGCUGUAGACUCAGAAGGGGGAAGGGCGGGACCGUUGGCCGCAUCCGACAAAAACAAAGCAGGCACUGAUGAAGGCGGAAGGGAUGCAAAGGGAGAUGAGGAUGGAGAGGCCGCCACCGCGGGACCGCGGGCUGGGGCGCAGCAUACAGGAGAACACGGCGGAGAGACUGAAGUGGUGGGUGAGACGGUGAAGGUCGCUGAGGCGGACGAGGAGGGCAGUGACGCCGCCGCUCAGCGGGAAGCAUUACGAACAGGAGCAAGACCCAAAACGUCUUCCGCAGCAGGCAGACGCAAGCAGAAAAUGAAGGAACAGCAUGCAGAACAGGCAGAGUCUGUAUCGACUCGAGUGUCAGCCGCCGCAGAGGACCAGGAAGUAGCGUCACGCGGACGAGCGAGACAUCGCACACGUGCCCCUGAUACAAGGGCGGGAACAGGGGGUAGUCAUAAAGGUGUUAAGGCGUCUCUUGGACCUUCCGACGGCAAAGGAGGACAGGAUGGUGAUGUAACUGUGAUGUCGGGUAAGGUGACGAAGAAUCCGGUAGAGAAAACGUCGCGUCCCCUGUCCGUUGGGUAUGACGCCAUGGUAGCUAGUUUGCAAGAUAAAUAUCUCUCUAUUGUUGCUGCGUAUGAGACGCGUCUACGCAUGUUCCAGGCUGAACCUGGUGUAAAAUGCUUUAUGGAUCUUGUCGAUUCACCUGCGUUUCAUGAUCGAUUGUUCUCGCCUGUUGAGUUUCAUCUUUUGACCAAACUACUGCUGUUGAACGAAGAAUUCGUCUGUCAACUGGACAGUUUGUGUGCCGUGGCGCGUGGGCUCCAUAUGAAGGCUCUGGAGCAGAGCCGGGCGGAGAGACUGCAUAAGUUUACGGUCGAUGCAAAGGCGAAAAGAGGUGCCACCAAAACGUCCCCAUUCUCCAGUAUUUUGUCAAUGAUUUCCGCACGUGGCCGAGCUGCCCACGAUGUUUCCAUCCGUCUUCUUCGUGCGGAGACAACGCAACGCUGCAAAAUCAUAUCGCUGCUUCACAUGCCUCCUUUCCGCGAGGCGGUCCUACCAUCGUUCGUCAAGGGCGAGGCCUAUGAUCCAGAUUCCGACGAAAUUUUGUACACAUCAGAGGGCGUUACACUCCGAGCAGCGGAUCCUCUCUCUGGUGUUGAGCUUUUGAGAGACCAGUUGCAGCAUUGGCUGCCUCUUGUCGCUCCUGCUGUCGCAGCCGUAGAGACACAAUGGUGGAUACCACCGUCAGACCCAGACGAGGCAAAGAGGCAACAUGAGCGAACAGAGGCAGUGUUCCACGCAGCAGCUCUUUUUGUCACCUCAAACGCAUUCAAGAAUGCAGCGGAGCAAUGGAAAACAUCAAGCCCUGAGAUGACUGUGUCAGAUCCGGAUCUCAAAGCUAAAGUUGAGACCGCCGUGCUCCGGCUCCGCUCCUAUUCCGAAGAGGCUGUUCAACAGAUGGGUCAACAGCUUAAGCUUUAUGCUCAGAGUUUCCGUCAGACAGCGAGAGCCAAUCUGAGAAAUCCUCAGAAUCGAUGGGAUCCUCUUCCUGAUAGCAGUCAUGCCCCAGACAUAAGGGGGGCCACGGAGUACGAAGCCCGAAAUGCACCUGGUGAAUCAGCGGCAGCUAAGGAACAGGCGACGACUGUUGCGGAUGUCCCCAAGACACAAGAUGAUCAAGGGGGCGAUGGGCCUGCGUCAUAA